AUGGCACUCGUCUCUGACUAUGCAACAAGUCACAAGCCUAGAACGUGUCCAAAAGAGGGCCUGCAAGAUCAUCUUUCAAACUAUUCUAGAAAAAAAGGGAAUCCGGAAAUUGCCAAUGUCAACUUUAUUUGGAAACAGCAGAAACAUCUCCAAGGGGUUAAUCGGAAUGACUCUAUCAACUUCGAUAGGGUCACGAUAGGUAAACGUUUGGUCAUUAGUGUGGUGAAUCCUAAACGAGUGUUUUACGUAGGGGAUACUCUCUCCGUCAAGAUCGUCGCCAGAGAUACAAAAGACCGACCGAAGAUCUACGGAGGGGAUUUUCUUCGGGCCAAGCUGUUCAGCAGAGUCCCUGUAAAUGCUAGCACUGCUGGACGGAUCACAGACUACGGGAAUGGGACUUAUGUCGCAAGAUUCUUUCUUAGUUGGCCAGGGAAUCUCUCAGUUUCAGUCCAAAUGAUACAUUCAAGUGAGGCUGUGCAGGUUCUUACAAAAAUUCGAGACAAUACCAGGCGGAUAAUGGCGUGCGGCUUUUCUGAUGAAGGCAGGAAUAUGACUGAGUGGAUGCCUUGCUCUAACACUGCCAAUAGAAGCAUGAAUCUACGUGAUGUGUGUGACUUUUCUAAGCCAUUCAUCAAUGCAACUUUCUACUGCCAACGUCCGACCCUGAGUCGCUGUGACAGUAUUGCGGAUUGCCACCGAGACCGUAUGAAAACUUCGUCGCUGCAAAACCAUUUGGUCAACUUAGAUGAACGGAAACUGCUUUUAAGACCACCUGGACAAAGGGUUGCAGAUUGUGCUCCCAUAGACAUGUACACGGAAAACUUAGACUACCUCCAAACAAAAACAAAAGCCACGGGUACGCUGUUGACUGGGGACUACAACGCCCAUCACAAUGAAUGGCUGCUAAGCAAGAAAACUGACCCCCCUGGCCUCAAAAAGGGCAGCAAGAGCUGGUGGUGGACCGCUAAGAGACUUAUGGGUCAAGGAGACAAAAGUGACAUCCCUCUCCUGAGCUCAGAAAACCAAUCAUACAUCCAAGCCGAGGAGAAAGCAGAGUGUUUCGCAAAUAUCUUUGCAGAGAAAUCCACCAUUCCCCAAGACGAGAACGACAAAGAUGUCCCACAUACUGAGCGUAGAACUACUUCCAAUCUGACGAAAAUAGUAUUCUGGCCGAAACAGGUGCGCAAGGUCUUGGCAAAGCUCGACAUCAGUAAGGCCACUGUUCCCGACACAAUACCUGCCAGAGUCUUGAAACAUGUUGCACCAGAGCUGUGUAAACCGCUAGCCAAGCUAUUUCGGCUGCUGAUGGAAAAUCACUACAUGCCAAAGCAGUGGAAAGUUGCCCACGUAAUCCCAGGGCACAAGAAGAACAACAAACAUGAUCCAAACAACUACAGACCAAUCUUGCUCCUCUGCAUAAUAAGCAAAGUGAUGGAAUCAAUAAUAAACAAGGCACUGUGGAAGCACAUUAACAAGAACAUACUCUUAAGCGACAAACAGUUUGGAUUCAGGGCUGGCCACUCCACAGCAGAUGCACUGACAUACGUCACCCAACACCUACAUGACGCUAAGGACAAGAGACAGGAAAGCAGGCUGAUAUGCCUGGAUAUAAGCAGAGCCUUUGACCGAGUAUGGCACAGCAGGCUAAUCGCUAAACUGAAAGUCAUCGGCGUCGAUGGUAAUGUGCUCAAAUGGAUUGAGAACUACCUGACAGACAGAGAACUGAGAGUCACAGUCGGAGUUUCCAACAGAACUAAUGGAAAACCACUGCCACUCUGUGCUCCAGGACUGCCAGAAACACCGUCUGAAGGGUACUGGUUUAACGGAACGUGGUAUUCACUUAAAUGUCAAUCACGAAAGUUUCCCUCAGUACGAUCUGUGUUCGGAUGCCUGCAGAAUAAAUCAGUGCUCUUUUUUGGUGAUUCUACGAUUCGACAAUGGUGGAAAUUUCUAAUGAAUCUUCCUAAAUUACCUCAAACCGGCCGAGCUGCAUAUCACGCAGCUGCAGUGUACGGCAUAUACAAUACAACAUUAGAAUUUACAUUUCACCAUUUUCCAAGAAACAAUGACCAAAUAAACUUACAAUUUAAGAUGCAUCACUAUCUAGCAGAACGGAUAGACGGGAUUAAGGGAGGGCCUAAUGCUGUGCUAGUUUUAGGGUUAUGGGGUCACUAUACUGCCGAGCAUAUUGAAACAUUCCGUUCACGACUUUACGGAAUUCGCUACGCAAUAGAGCGACUACAUAGUCGUUAUCCAGACACAAAAGUAAUUUGGCGGACAAGUAACACCCGCGAUCAUCAUCGGUGGUUCCAUUUUGUAGAAAACAGUGAUUGGUAUGCUUAUCAGUUGUUGCUGGAAGCCAAGAAAAUUUUUAAAGGUCUUAAUAUCGCAAUCAUAGAUGUCUGGGAAAUGACUUCCUGUAUGUGGCAUGAUCCUGUUAUGCAUGCACCCGAGGAUGUUGUAAGAAAUCAAGUAGAUUUGCUACUGUCAUACAUCUGCCCCUUGUAAGCAAGAGAGGACGAAACUACCCAAAACGCAGGCUAAAAUUCCUGAAUCUAUUUAGUUACAUCAGGUAACAUUUGUAUGGAGACAGUUGAUGAUGCUAAACCAUCAUAUCUAGCUUGUGUUCGUAUCGCCGAUCAGCGCUGUUAUGGCGAAUCCUUUUCUUUAUAUAUACCAUUACCUUCGCUCAGAAAGUUAUGUUUUGGU